ACUGCUUACUCAAUACACGCACACCUAACAAGAAAACCAUCAUACAAGGAAACCAAAAGCCACAAAACGCACUUCUUCACACACAAAAAAACGUAUUUUCUCCGCUUCACCAAUGGCUCAGGUCUCCAUUUCGCUGCUUAAUUUCCUCAACGACGGCGAAGAUGACGUUAUCGAACAUGAAAACGACGUCGUAGAGGACCUCGACUCUUCUCCUUACUGGCCUCUCAGUUUCGGUGACUUCGAUGUUUACGAUCCCCCAGAUCUCUCCGAUUUCGCUUCCCGUCCCCAAAUCUCUUCGUAUUCUCGUCGGAGGACUGGUUUGGCCUUAAGCGACGAUGUUUCAGAAACUGAUUCGGUUGUCACCGUCAUGGACCGCGAGAACCAAGUAAACUUUGUUAUGGAUAUGUUUCAGCAACGGGUCGAGCAAUCUCAAUCUUUGAUCCGUGUGGUUUCGAACCCUGAUUUGCUGCAUGCGGACCCGGAAUUGGAGGCCGAUUUCGGUUUGAUUGGAGGAAAUGAGUUUAUGGGAAUGAGUAGCUUAGACGUUGAUUUUGGGCUAGGGUUAGGUUUUCGUGGGGUUACUGAUAAUUCUGGAUUCCAUAUUGAAGAUUGUGAUGGUCCUGAACAGUUUGUCAGUGGAUUGAGGGUUGUGGAUAAUGAAUCUGACUGGGACCCUGAUGACAACUGCGUUUCAGGCAGAUUGUUCAAUCUGGAUGAAGUUGAUGGCGAUGACGAAGAUGAGAAUAUUCGUGACAAUGAGAGUGAUGACCCGAGUCUUCGGCUGUGUUGGGGUUCCUUCCAAUUGGAGGAUCAUAGGGAUGUGAAUGAGGACUUUGAGUGGGAAGAAAUUGAUGGAAGAGUUGAUGAGAGAGAGAUUCUAAGCAUGUUCUUAGAUGUUGAGGAGAUAUCUGAAUCUCCUGCUCCAGAGGAUAGAGCAAGAGAGUUGGAAAAUUUGGAGUGGGAGUUUCUGUUGAAUGUUCAGAAUUUUGAGCCAGACCCAGAAAUUACAAAUGAAGAAUUCAAUUUCGGUCGUCAUAUGGAUCAAGACGAUUACAAUUACACUACUGAGUAUGAGCUAUUGUUUGGACAGUUUGCAGAGGGCGAUAAUGGUUUUGUUGGAAGACCACCAGCUUCCAAGACUGUUGUUAGAGACCUUCCAACUGUGGCUGUGAGUAAAGAUGAUUUAGAAAAGAACAAUGCUACUUGUGCUAUCUGCAAGGAUGAGUUGAAUUUGGGAGAAAAGGCUAGACAGUUACCAUGUGCUCAUAGGUAUCAUGGUGACUGUAUUCAGCCUUGGCUUGGGAUUAGGAAUACCUGUCCAGUUUGUCGAUACGAGUUGCCCACUGAUGAUCCUGGCUAUGAGAGGAGGAGAAGGGUCCAGACUACUCACACACUUGAUCAAAUUGAUUGAAGGACAUUGUAGGUUUUGUUCAUCAUGUAUAGUUUCAGUUGCUUCACAACUUGGCAGGGCAAAAACAGAGUUCUUGCUGGGACUGGGACUGCUUGCAAAUAGCGCGCACCCUCCCCCCCCCCCCCCCAAACC